AAAGCAAUUUUAAUAGUUUAGGUGGUUUUGUAAAAUUUAAUUUUGUUGUUGUGAUUGUGUUUAAUUUUUUUUGUGAUCUUUUAAUUAAAGGUUAUUGAGGAGAAAAAGGAAGGUUUAAAAUUCUUCAUUUGAAGGUGUGACAAAGAACGUGGGACUUAAAAGUUCCAUUUUAUAAAAAUUUGCGAGAAAUAAUUCUAAUCUGGAUCCAAAUGUUCCUAAAUCCGAUUAUUAUAAUUAUUAGAUAACACCCAUUCAUUAAAUGGGUUUUUCAACGAACUUACAAGGAAGGAGCGCCCACGAGGCGCUCCUUUCGCGACAAGACGCGGAACUUCGCCUUUUGGAAACGAUGAAACGAUGUUUAACGUCGAAAGUUCGCUGUGAUAGGGAAUAUGCUUUGGCGUUAAGUUCAGUUGCGACGCAAGGAUUAAAAGUUGACCGGUGCGAUGAGCUUAGCGGCAGUUUGAUAACGACAGCUUGGAAAGGAAUGAUGGAGGAAUUGGAUAGCGUUGGAAAAUUAAUUAAGCAGAAUGCCGAUUCGAUCGAAUCGAAAGCUUUGGAUAGCUUGAAUGGGAUGUAUACGGAAAAGAGGAAGGCGAGGAAACAGUAUCAAGAGGAACAUACGAGGAUUGCACAACAGUUUACUCAUCUUCAAGAGGAUGUUUAUAGAAAAAAAACUGAGUAUCAAAAAUAUCUAGAACUUUACAAGUUGAUGAGGUCUAGGUUUGAAGAACACUAUGUGAAGUCUGGACGAGGAGGCAGGAAACUGGAUGAAGUGAGAGAUAAAUAUCAAAAAGCGUGCAGAAAAUUACAUUUAACCCACAACGAAUACGUUUUAUUACUUUGCGAAGCCGCCGAAUUUGAAAGAGAUUUUCGAACAGUUCUUUUACCAGGACUUUUAGAACAUCAACAAAGCGUACAAGAAACGUUCAUAUCAGCUUGGCGCCAAGUUUUAUCGGACGUCGUUCAAUACUCAGAUUUUACAUCAGAAAAAUUCCGAGAAAUCCAAAAAAAAAUUGAAUCGAGUUUAGAAAAGAUCAAACCAUCCGAAGAAUACAACGAUUUCACAGAAAAACACAAAACAACCCCAACCGAACCAGUUAAAUUUCCCUUUGAAGAAUGUUUAGUUGAAGAUACAGCUGGAAAACUUCUCCCAAAUAAAUUAACAGUUGAUAAUUUAACCGUGGAGUGGCUCAAAUCGAAACUAACGGAACUCGAAAAUAGCAUAAAAGAGAAUCAAGAAAAGCGAAUACCCCUCACUCCAAACGAAAACGUUGCGAACGGAAAAACAAUCAACGAAAAUCGACUUUCCGCACCCGACACAAAAAAGAAAGAAGCCAACGAGCUAAAAUGUCACGAAAGAAAAAUGGUGAAACAAAUGGAACUAAUAAAGAGUGCUCUCAACGAUUUAGGAUGUGAAGAAGUUCCACCUGGUUUAGAAGAUAUAUCAGAUACUUCCGGUUUUAUUAACAACCCUUGUGAACAGGGUGAUGGUUCACAGUCCUCGUUAAUUCACAAAACGAUUUUUGGCCACCAUAGAAUUAUGAACGCGUUACGAAAACCGUUUCGAAGAAAAUCAGCACCCACAUCGCCGGUUGCGCCCCCUAGAACGAAGGGUAGGCGCGAUUCCGUAACGAGAAGUGAGGGAAACGAUCCAGUUUCAUUAAGCACAAACAAACCGUUAGUUGACGAAGAAUGGUUUCAUGGAGUUUUACCUCGUGAAGAAGUUGUUAGAUUAUUAACACAAGAUGGUGAUUUUUUGGUUAGAGAGACGACGAGAAACGAUGAAUGCCAAACAGUUUUAUCAGUUUGUUGGAGUGGACAUAAACAUUUCAUCGUACAAACAACUACAGAAGGACAUUAUAGAUUUGAAGGACCAGCUUUUCCAAGUAUAAGAGAACUUAUUCUUUAUCAAUAUAGUAGUGGUCUUCCUGUUACAAGUAGAUCAGGGGCUAUUUUACAUAAACCAAUACCGAGAGAACGCUGGGAGCUUAAUAAUGAUGAUGUGAUGUUAUUAGAUAAAAUAGGAAGGGGAAACUUUGGAGAUGUAUAUAAAGCACAAUUAAAAAGCACAAACCAAGAGGUUGCGGUUAAAACAUGCAGAGUAACCCUUCCGGACGAGCACAAAAAGAAAUUUUUACAAGAAGGGCGCAUAUUAAAGCAAUACGAUCAUCCAAACAUAGUUAAAUUAAUUGGUAUAUGUGUUCAGAAGCAACCUAUAAUGAUUGUUAUGGAGCUGGUUCCAGGAGGUUCCUUAUUAAAUUUUUUACGUAAAAAAGCAUCUUCGUUAACUGAAAAUCAAUUAAUGAAUAUGUGUUUGGAUGCAGCGGCUGGAAUGCGAUAUUUAGAAUCAAAAAAUUGUAUUCAUCGUGAUUUAGCCGCACGGAAUUGUCUCGUGGGGUACGGAAAUACAGUAAAAAUCUCGGAUUUCGGAAUGUCGAGGGAAGAAGAGGAAUACAUCGUUUCGGAUGGGAUGAAACAAAUCCCGAUUAAAUGGACGGCGCCGGAAGCUUUAAAUUUCGGAAAAUACACCUCUCUUUGUGAUGUGUGGAGUUAUGGUAUUUUGUGUUGGGAAAUUUUUUCAAGAGGAGGAACACCUUAUACUGGAAUGAGUAAUUCAAAAGCUAGAGAAAGUAUAGAUGCAGGAUAUCGAAUGCCUGCUCCGGAACAUACCCCAGAUGAAAUGUACAGGUUAAUGUUAAGAUGUUGGGAAUAUCAACCGGAAAAUCGACCUAAUUUCGAACAAAUUUACACAGUCGUCGAUACAUUAUGUGCAGCUUUUAGAGUUUCAUUUCUGUAAGACUUAAAAUGUCUUGAAAACAAUUACACAUAUGGCAAUAUUUUUUUAUCUGCUCCUUUAAGCUUUCUUUAUAAUUUUUCUCUCUCUGUAUUUUAAAUACUGUGAUUUGUGUUGUUGAUUUUUUUGAUGAAUAAGUCGCCAUUAAUAAAAUUAAUACAAAAUUAACUUACAAACUAAAAAUAUAUAUAAAUUAUGAAUAAAUUCAUAUUUUUGAAUCUGAUAAAGUCUAUUAUUUUUAGCCAUUUGUAUUUAUAUUCGCAUAGCAUGUUAUAUGUUUGUUACGUGAAAAGUAUAUAUAGAAUUAUAUUAUGUAUAUCGAUUAUAAUUAACAGUUUUGACUGAGUUUUAAUAAAAAUCUCAUCUACAUAUAA